GUACAAAUUAUGACAAAAGCCUUGCAUUUGGUUGCUUAACUUGCCUUUAUUUGCUUGAACUGCUUGUUGUGGCAUUUGUGUGUGAAUAUGUGCUUUUGUCUGUUCCAGAGCAGACUCAGGAGAGCAUCCAGCGCUUUGAGCAGCAGGCAGGGCUGAGGGAUGCUGGCUACACCCCCCACAAAGGCCUCACUACCGAGGAGACCAAGUAUCACCGAGUGGCUGAGGCAGUCCAUAAGCUAAAAAUGCAGAAUGGAGAGAUGAUGAAAGAUGACAGACAGACUUCUUCUGCUCAGUCCACUCCAAGCAGCACUCCCCACUCCUCUCCCAGGCAUAAAACCAGGAUUUGGUUUAGUCAGGGAUCCUCUACUUCUCUAACUGGUCCAGACUUUACUGUGGAAACUGGUGGGGACAAACUGCCAUCUGAAAGAUGGAGCUUUUUUGGACCCAAAACCAUCCAGAAAUCCACCAAUGAUCCAGGAGGAUUUACCAUCCAGUCCUAUAAGGGUGCCCAGAAGCCAUCCCCAAUGGAGCUGAUGCGUGCUCAGGCUACUAGGAUGCCAGAGGAUCCAGUUACCUUCAAGCCACCCAAAAUGGACACUUCAGUCACAGAAGGGAGGAAACAAUCUCCACGGUCCCAUAAUCUCAAACCUCGGGAUCUGAACGUGCUGGCUCCCACUGGGUUCUAGGAAGAAUGCUUCUGGUGUCUUUAGCAUCCUACAGGG